AUGGCGGCGUUACCCCCGCGGGCCCCGCCGCGAGCCCCGACCCGCAGGGACCCUGCCCGCUACCUCGCUGAGGGCGGCGGGUGCCUCCAUGCGCCCCGCGGGGCCGGCGUGCGCAGCCCCACCGGGUCACGGCGGGGGCCGCCUGCCGGCAGGGCGCGGGGCCCGCAUCGCUGCCUGGCGGCGUCACCGGCGACCACCGAGCCCGUCAGGGACAGGGAGCGACCCCGCCGCCGCCGCCCCCCGCCGGCCCCAUCCGACCAGGAAAUGGGCCGUCACAGGAAGUCCCGGAUGCCGUCGGGAGCGCCGCCCCCGCGCCUCCGCCGGCUGCAGGGCCCGGCCCCGCCGCCCCGGGUUAUCCCGUCCCGCUCCGCUCCGCUCCGUGCCGGGAUGUCGCGUCCCAGAACGUCCCGUCCCGCGGCCCCCGGAGCGCCCCCCGCCCCACGGUGCGGCGGGAGGGGGAGCGGGGGCUCGGCGGGAUGGCGGCGCCGCGCGCGGCACGCUGGGGGCGGUAGUUCCCCGUGGCCGGCGGACGGGGGGCCCUGCGGCGGUGGGGACUACAAGUCCCGGCAUACCGCGCAGCUCCGGCCGGCCGGGCGCCGUGAGGGGCCUGUGGCGGAGCCCCGGGCCGGGGUCGCCCCUCAGAGCGGCGGGGGAGCGGAGGCCGCCCCGGGGCCAGCGGACGGGGCCCGGGGGCUCUGCGUCCUCCUCGCCGCGAGGGAUGAGCGCAGAAAUCGCGUCCGUGAGGAACUACAGCCCACAUUCGGGCUUGGCAUGGUGACGGGCUUCAAUCUGCGUGGAACACGCUUGGCUGUGCUUUGGGGCUCUGUGGUGAAUUAGCUGCCAGUGCUCAGUACAGAAGGUUCACGUGCCCUUUGGAAUAAAUACGGGCUGAGUAAAGUCUCAGUUGCUUCUAUCCAUUAUCUUAAAUUAUUUGUUACAUUUCUCUAACCUGUGAAAAUCCCCAGGCAUCUCUCAAGACAGGUAAAACACCCAGUGCAGAAACUGGGUCCCAUCACUGGGGAUUUCUGGGGACUCUGCAGAACUGAACCAUUUCCAAGGAAAUUGGGCAUCUCUGUACAGUACAGGGAAAUGACUCAUUUCCAGCUAA